AUGGUGCCACCCCGAAGCGCCUUUCCGGCUGAGGGAACCAGGUUCGGCUUGCAAGAUGACAGCUUCGAACUGGGGACAGAGCUGGGAGGAGGGUCUCAAGGUCGGGUGUACAUGUGCAAGCGACUCGGGACCGGAAAUGAGUAUGCUGUGAAGGUUGUGAAUACAAAAGCUAUAGGGCUUCGAGAACGGACAGUGGCAAGCUUGAGGCGAGAGAUCAGCGUCAUGCGGGAGCUUCACCAUCCGCGAAUAGUUAACUUGAAGGAGGCAUUCUGGGAAGGAAACUUGUGCUACAUCGUCAUGGACCUCGCACGAGGCGGUGAUUUGCACAGCAAGCUGGAGCCCGGAGUGGGCCUCGGUUCCGAGCACGCUUCCAGGCACGUGUCCUUGCAGUUGCUGGGCGGCAUCGCCUACAUGCACUCGCACAAGGAGAACGUGUUGAUCGUUCGCGAGGGCCCAAGACUUCUUCCGACAACCAUCGGAAGACACAUGUGGAACAUGUACAAUGCGCUGGCACGUAUGGAGAAGAGAAGAGUCGUCGGAUUCGUGAGGAUCCUUUUGCGGACCAGAUCCGAUGCAUUGCGACCCUUGUUGGAUCUCAAGUGUCCACGAGAGAUGACGUCCCGGCCAUUCCAUGAAUCCGGAUGCGGACACUGCCUUGGAGUGCUGCUGCUACUGUACGGAGUUUUUAACACGUACCUAUUCAUCAAAUUUACCCCUGUCUACACCGCCACAUCCUGUGGUGAUCAAACGGCUCUGUUGAAGAAGUUUGAAGUGGGCGACUCUAUUCACGUUGGUGUGGAAAUUCACGUGCUGUGCUCCAAUCCCAAUCCGUACGACGUCAAGAUUCUGAAUGAUACGCCAGGCCACGUCUUCGUUGGAAAAGAUCGAGGUACAAAUGUUGGUGUGCUGACACUUCUGGAAGGCUCGGUACUUCCAGCAGAAGGACAAGGAACCAUCAAAGUGUUCAUGGACAGCCGAAUCUCCAAAGACUCCUCUGGUGCCUUGGCUGAGCAAUUCCUCAGCAACGGCGAGAUUCCAAUAUUUCUAGAGCUGAAGUUCAAUGUCGGGGUGGACAUCAACUUCGGGCUACAGCACUUCGGGACCACGGCUCCUUUCGACAAGAAGUGUGGGAUGAACAUUGGCGGAAUGUUCCAGCGAUCACAAAACAAGCUUGGCCCCAUGAUUUGCCGCAGCGGCUUCGACGAGUUGACUCACCUCCCUCACUUGGGCGAUGCGCCAGCAACAGGUCAGAUGUCUUUCUCUGCCGCUCAGAUGGAUCCUGAUCGCGUGCGCAUGGGCGAACGCCUAAAAAACAUCGGGAUUCUCGGAGCUGGCGGGUCUUGUUAUCUUCUUGGGUUCUUUUUGACAUACACGUGGUUCCAGAAGUUAUGGGUUAUGGGGACUACUGGUCCAGUCUUACUACGUGCUUCUAGCCGAGCGCUCUCGCGGGAUGGAUUGAGCGGCAACUUGCAGCGGACAGAGCAGCCGUGGUACCAUGGCUUGUUCGGAGCGAGGGACCCGAGGGACUCGCCGAAGACACGUAACUUGGAUCCUUCAAGUAUGGAAGACAAGCACUCCAAGAACUCCAGACUGAUUAGCUUGCUGUCUUGUGGCAUGAUUGAGUGGCCAAGACGCUUGGAAAACGGAGCGCAGCCAACUCUGCCCCGCACUGUCGCGUGGGUUACCACUGUGCACAAGCGGGCUAGUCUUCUAGCUAUGAGCUGCAAGCUGCUCACAGGCAUGCUGUACAUUGCGUGUGGUUUCAAUCACCGAUAUGAUAACGUGGUGAGCCAGACUGUUCUUAUCCUUACAGAGCGCGGCCGUGCACGGCAUGACGUCAAGAUAGCAGACUUUGGCUUGUCGAAGUGCUUGAGACGCGUCGGAGAACAAGAAGCAGGUAUGACUGCUUGCGGGACACUGGACUACUUGGCUCCUGAGGUUAUCACAGGUCAGUAUGAUGAGCGCAUCGAUUUCUGGAGCUUUGGCGUCUUGCUGUACGUCAUGCUGUCUGGCCGGCUUCCCUUCGAGAUAGAAGGUGUUGCAGACAUCAAGCACCUGACGGGACAAAGACUGUCCUUCCAGGCCUGGCGAACAGGGUCCGAGGAUGCCAAGGACUUCGUGCGACGCACUGAGCUAGGUGUACGACCUGUGAAGUGGUACAGGCUGCUUGAUCCACCCUUGGCUAGCAACGGAGGCCUUGUGCGCGUUUACUUGCGCACGUUCUUAAAUGCGUUUUUCACCAUCCGUGCAGCCGACUCGGAGGCCGCGAACACCACGGAGGGUUCUGGCAAUGCGUGCAAUUCUUAUUCCAAGGUGACGUGCUCAGACACAGACACCUCACCGUUGGAGACCGAUUCUCCUACAAGGCAUGGAUACCGCGGCAAGGAGCAGCUCUGGGUUGGAUGGUCGGGGACAAACGUGAACCAUUUGCCAUUCGAUGCUGCAUGUCCCUUUUUGACACGUAGCUAUGCGCAGCUUUUUCUAUACACAACCGAGCCCCCCCUCUGUGCCAGAGUCGCCUCGCCUUGA